AGAGAAGCAGAGGACUGCACAAAUUUUCUCUUGCUCUUCACAAAACAUUCUACACAGCUGCACAGAGACACCAUUUUGUCGUAAAAGAAGAAAAGUACAUAUAUAAUCAGAUAUGGCAUCCUCGAACAUUUUGCUGCCAGAGGAGCAGUUCCAGUGCUCUAUCUGUCUGGAGGUUCUCACUGAUCCGAUCACCACUCCAUGUGGACACAACUUCUGCCAGGCCUGUAUCAGCGGGUACUGGAAAAGCACUGAACAGUGCCAGUGUCCAAUGUGUAAGGAGACCUUUGACAAAAAGCCUAAGCUCAAAAUCAACACAACACUCCGAGAGGUUGUGAAUCAUUUCAAGGGGAUACAAGUCAGAGACAGAGAUGAGUCCCCUGCUGCGCCUGGAGAAGUGGCCUGUGAUGUCUGCACUGUGACGAAGCUCAAGGCCCUGAAGUCCUGCAUGGAGUGUCUGACCUCUUUCUGUGAGACUCAUCUGCAGCCUCAUCAGAUCGCCCCAGCCCUGAAGAGACACAAGCUGAUCAACCCUGUGGAGAACCUGGAAGACAGGAUGUGCAAGAAGCACAAGAAACCCCUGGAGCUGUUCUGUAGGACUGAACAAAUGUGUGUGUGUCAGUUCUGCACUGUGACAGACCACAAGGGUCAUCACACCGUCCCUCUGAAGAAGGAGUUCGGAGAGAAGAAAGCUGAGUUGGGAAGGACAAAGAAUCAAAUGCAGCAGAUGAUCCAGAAGUCCCUACAGAAGGUUAAAGAGAUCAAACACUCAAUGGAGCUCAGCAACAGAGAUGCAGAGAGAGAGAGAGAAGAAAGCGAACAGGUCUUCACCACUCUAGUCCGCUCCAUGCAGAGAAGCCAGGCUGAGGUGUCUAAGAUGAUUGGAGAGAAGCAGAAAGCAACCAUGCGGCAGGCUGAGAGCCUCAUUAAAGCGCUGGAGCAGGAAAUCACUGAGCUACAGAGGAGAUGCUCAGAGCUGGAUCAGCUCUCACACACUAAGGAUCAUCUCCACCUCCUCCAAAGCUCGCCAUCCCUGUGCCCCCCUACAUCUACCAAGGACUGGCCUGAUGUCAGUAUAACCCAGAACAAGAGUAAGUGGAAUGUGCAGAAAGACAUAUCCCAGCUGGAUAAAAAGGUGAGGAGAGCACUUUCUGAACUUGAGGAGAAAUUGAAUAAUGUAUUGGAGAAGUCAAAGGGUGAUGACCUGAAGAGGUUGCAGCAGUAUGCAGUGGAUGUCACUAUGGACCCUGAUACAGCACAUCCCCUUAUCAUUGUAUCUGGCAAUGGGAAACUAGUGAGAACAGGUCACUUUGAACAGAACCACUUAUACAACCUAAAGAGGUUUAGAAGUCGUGUAGCUGUUUUGGCAAAGGAGGGCUUCUCCUCGGGGAAAUUCUACUAUGAGGUGCAGGUGAAGGGGAAGACUGGGUGGAAUGUAGGAGUGGCCAAAGAGUCGAUUAAUAGAAAGAUAGGUGGAUUAUACCCAGAGCAAGGAUUCUGGACCGUGUGGUUGUCUUUUCAGGUUGACUAUGAGGCCUGCACAGACCCCCAUACCCCCCUCUCACUGAAGAGCAAGCCGGAGAAGUUGGGGGUGUUUGUGGAUUAUGAGGAGGGUCAAGUCUCCUUCUAUGACGUGGACACCAGGUCUCAUAUCUUCUCUUUCACCGGCUGCACCUUCACAGAGAAGCUCUAUCCAUACUUGAACCCCUUUGAUGAUUAUGAUGGCUCAAAUUCAGCACCAAUGAUCAUCACCCCUGUUAACCAGACACCCUGAGGGUGAUAUUGUGACAGGUCGAGUCCAAGUCGUGCAUUCUAAGAACAAGUCAAGUAGAGUCACAAGCUUUUUGAAGUCAAGUCUCAAGUCAAGAAAAAAUAUAUAUACAGUAUACUGUAUAUCUUUGUCUAUUUAUUGAGGCUACCAGACAGCCCUUUUCAUUAUCUUAUCCUAAACAUAUUUUGAAUAUAUUUUAACAACAAAUUCCCAAUGCAAGUAAAUUAAGUAAAUUAUACAUUUCAAGCAAUUUCACACCAAAAGACCAGCAGGCCUAUGCUAGUAGUUGUUGCUUGGUGCCACACUGCUGGUGAGCUUGCAAAGUAAACAUUUAAUAUUCUUGAUCACCAACAUUUUUUGGAGUUGCAUAUCUUUAUGGCAAUCGUCUCUCCCUACAAUUGGACAUCAGCAAUGUAUUCACAGCAAUGUAUUCACAAGCUCAGUGGUUCUCAAAAUGUUUGUAAAACAGAGUUUUACACCUGCAUUUUGUGGAAAAUGCAAAAACGCAGUUUUACGCAGUUUUACAAAAUGUUUGAGAACCGCUGUGCAGUUUUUUACUGUACAGCUAUUGGAUUGGGUGCAGCGCAAAUGUCGAAUAGUAGAGAGAGAUGGUGGAGAUGUUGUCAGCCAAUAUCAACUAGGGAUAUCAGGAGGUUGCAGGAGACGGAUGGAAAGCAUGGUCUGUCUUAGCUUUCAAAAACUCUAGACAGCAUUCUGUCUUCACCAUACAGUUCUCAGACAUUAGCUUUGCCCACUACUGCCCCAUGUGAACUACAAUCCUGACCGCGUGUUUUAAUAGUCAUCACUUGCGAUAUGGCUUUCAAAACAUAUGGCCCUUAUCUUCCAACAACAGGAAAAAAAACUUCAAAUAAAAUGACUUGUCCUGAAAGAUCCAUACAGCUAUGGGCACAGAUCCAUACAGCUAUGGGCACAGAUCCAUACAGCUAUGGGCACAGAUCCAUACAGCUAUGGGUACAGAUCCAUACAGCUAUGGGUACAGAUCCAUACAGCUAUGGGUACAGAUCCAUACAGCUAUGGGUACAGAUCCAUACAGCUAUGGGUACAGAUCCAUACAGCUAUGGGCACAGAUCCAUACAGCUAUGGGCACAGAUCCAUACAGCUAUGGGUGCUUCCAUCUGAUGAAACUACACUUCCGCUACACAGGAAUGCGGAGCAAGCUAGAUAGCUAAUUAGCACAGCUAUCAGAUAUAUAGCCAGUAGCCACCAACACUAGAACUAUCUGAAAUAUGAAAAUGAUCAAUGAAAUCGCCAGGCCGCCUAAUGUUAUUGAUCUGGCAAAGAUGCGUUCAUAGUAGAUUGCUAAACUGUAUACAGUAUAUGGAAAGCUUUUGUAUAGAUAAUAUAAACGCAGGCUUAAUCUGUUUUUACCAGGCAAAACUGGAGAAAUUUAAACAAGUGCGAUCUGGGUAUGUGCCCGCUUUUGCACACUAAUGCUGAUGACUGGUCAACAAUCAAGACCCACAACCUUUUGGUUCUAAAGCACAGAUUAGAUGUUUUUUAGACAAUCAUUUGGUGCAAUACCGUAGGCCUAUGUUAGAAACCAGAUCAAAUAGGAAAAGGUAUAAAUAUAAAAUACAAAUAGUAUAUGUAGACAAUAAAAGUAUGAAAAAUAUGUAUUUUUCCCAUUCAGUUUCAUACUCUCGACCCCCAGAACCUUCUCCACUUUGAGAACCACUGCGCUAGCUUACAUGACCUGUCUUGAUUGGCAGUUUGCUGGUCCAAUCAGAGGGCAGAGAGUGCGCAUCACUAGGCAAAUCUGUUGCACUUUUAUUUUUUUUGCAAGUGCGAGGUUGCUUGUGUCUACGGUCUCUGGCUGUGUAGAGAGUAAUCCAGGGAGACACUGUGCCAGAAAAUGACAAAACGUUACAAAACCUGGCCAGAUCAUUUCAAGUCAUCAGUCUCAAGUCAAAGUUGAGUCCGGAGUCUUGAGGCUCCACGUCAAGUCUCAAGAAAUGUAAUUGCAUUCUUAUCCAGCAUCACUACUCUGGACGGUUCUGACUUAGAAUAUGUGGACAACUACAAAUGCCUAGGUGUCUGGUUAGACUGUAAACUCUCCUUCCAGACUCACAUUAAGCAUGUCCAAUCCAA